CAAAAGGCCCGCCACGGCUGCUCCGCUCGCUCCUUAUAAAACCAGGGUAGGGUUUCGCUCCACUACCCCCUCGACUGCCGCCGCCGCCACUCCUCCCAUUCGCCGCCUCCUCUUCCAACCCUAAGAGAUGACGAAGGGUACGGGCAGCUUCGGCAAGCGCCGGAACAAGACCCACACGCUGUGCAUCCGCUGCGGCCGCCGCAGCUUCCACCUCCAGAAGAGCACCUGCUCCUCCUGCGGCUACCCCGCCGCCCGCAUCCGCAAGUACAACUGGAGUGUGAAGGCCAUCAGGCGCAAGACCACCGGGACUGGAAGGAUGAGGUACAUGCGCAACGUGCCUCGCAGGUUCAAGAGCAACUUCAGAGAAGGUACUGCGGCUGCCCCGAAGAAGAGCACCGCAGCCAACUAGGUCUGUGAUUUGCCAUCAAGAAGAAUCAAUCGGAUGAAGCUAGGAAUUAAAAACUUUUUGCUUGGAUUGUGUACCGUCCGAACUAUAUGUUUCUAAUAGCUGUUGAGUAUGGAUCUGAUAUGUUUUGUUGCAUGGAUUCGAGAUGACCUCUUCCCUAGUGCAACGAUGUCUGUCGUGUUUAUUGUUUUUGGAAUCUUUGUUUGGUCUUAUAUUUCCCAGAUUGGUUCCUAUUAGUAAUUUCAGCAUCAUCAGUAGUCA